ACGGCGUCACCACGCAGUAAUAAGAUGCUUUCCGUGCGCGCACACGCCGGUGUGUUCACACGUCUGCCAUACAAAUGGUAAAGUGACUGUUCCACUCGUUCAAAGUUAGCCGUCUCGAUUUGUAACUUUUAAAACUCCGUCUUUUAUUCCGGGGAACUUACAAACACAUUGUAUAUGUGAAUGUAUAUUCUUUGCCACCAAAGACGGCAGCUAGCAACACCGCGUAGGAGGAGCCUGCGGCUUGUUUCCGCUAACAGCAGGCCGAUUCCUAAUCGAAGUCAUCUAUGUUGCUCUACUGAGGAUUAGUCAACAGCGGCGGGGAUCCUGUCCGCCUUUUGAGACACUUUUAAGUGUUGAAAAACAUCGCAGUUAAAGCGAGGUGAGGUUUGUUCACCGUAGGAGAAGAAGGAGCGGACAGCUGGACUGUCAGCAAUGGAAGCUGAGUUUCAGGAAAUCGACGAUAACGGGAUCUGGAGCGCCAUUUAUCAGGAGAUUCGUCAGCAGUCCUGCGAACUCCCCUGUAAGGUUGCCAAAUUACCGGAAAACAAGAAUCGGAACCGCUACCGGGAUGUCAGCCCAUUUGACCACAGUAGAAUAUGUCUGCAACAGAGUGCCAAUGACUACAUCAACGCCAGCUUGAUAUCUGUUGAAGAGGCGCAGAGGAACUAUAUCCUAACUCAGGGACCCCUACCAAACACAUGUGGGCACUUCUGGGAGAUGGUGUGGGAGCAGCGAAGUCGUGGUGUGGUAAUGCUGAACAGAGUCAUAGAGAAAGGAUCAGUUAAAUGCGCCCAAUAUUGGCCACACAGAGAAGAGGGAGAUGCUGUCUUUGAAGAUACCAACUUCAAGCUUACCUUCGUUUCCGAAGACAUUCAAUCUUAUUACACAGUUCGUCAUCUAGAGCUGGAAAAUCUAUCUACGCUGGAGAGACGUGACAUUUUACAUUUUCACUACACAACCUGGCCUGACUUUGGGGUGCCAGAGUCUCCAGCCUCCUUCCUUAAUUUCCUGUUCAAAGUACAAGAGUCAGGAUGUAUGAAUUUGGACCAGGGGCCAGUGGUGGUGCACUGCAGCGCUGGCAUUGGACGAUCUGGAACCUUUUGCCUUGUGGACACAUGCCUCUUAUUGAUGUCCAUUCGCAAGGACCCGUCCUCAGUACGUAUCCGCGAUGUUCUACUGGAGAUGCGACGGCAUCGCAUGGGCUUAAUUCAGACCGCAGAUCAACUUCGCUUCUCUUACCUGGCUGUCAUUGAAGGUGCUAAAUACAUCAAGGGGGACGUGUCUUUGCAGGAUUCAUGGAGAGAGUUUUCAAAUGAGGAGGAUGAGUUCACCCCUCCGCCUCCCCUACUCCCCCCAAGAGACCUUCAUAAUGGCAAAAUUGAAUCAUUAAUUCCUGAGAAUGAGCAGCUUGUCCAACUGAUUGAAAUCGACAAUCUGGGAUCAUCUCAAGACUCAGAGCUUCGGAGAAGAACCAUUGUUGCCCCCCAGUCUCCUCCUGAUGGUGCUGAUCAGCACAAUUCUCACACGAAAGUCCAAGAUCCAACCUCCAAAUCUGAAACCAAUGCCCAGCUGCAACAGGAGCAACACGAUGUGACGGAGACACUUGAGCAGAUAACGGAAAUAUCUCCAGCUCCUGAGAAUUGGUCACCACUACUUGCCAACAUGUGCUUAUGCACCGCGCUGGCGCUCACUGCUUACGUCUGCUAUCGAGCCAUUUACCACUGAUGUCUGUCCGUCUGUCUCUAUCUCCAGUGUUGCUGCAAAGUGGACUAACCUGGUCAAACAAGCAUCUCAAGACUGCCAGUGAGUGGACUGCUUGAACUUCUCCAAAUUCACCCGAUUCACGGAAAUAGCAGGCAGCCGGUCGUUAUCAUCCA